CUCAUUCGGGGUGGUUCCGGCGACAUACUACUCACUACUAGUACUAACCAGUACCGGUAGAGUUCCAGUAGAAGUACGGCAGGAGUACAUGCAUAGCUUCCAAGCUUCGAAGUCGACCACAGAGAUGGACAGAUGGCACACACCCGUUGCCUCUCUCAGUAAAAGGAAAUCGAAAACCACGGCCACUUCCACAGCCACAGCACACAAAAAAUCCUCCUGCAUUCGCUGUUUAUUCUGCUCGUCAAGCGAAGCACUGAAGCACUAUUUGGUGACCACUGGACAUCCCUCACCAACUAAGGGCACACAAGAGGAGCUUUUAACCGAUCGUUGAUACGUUCCAACCCUGUACUCUGGUUAGAGCUCAUCAGCGCAGCAUGAUGAAUACUGGCAUGGGAGAUGCGAAGUCAAGCAGCACCAACGCCUCUAACAACAACGGUGGUAACAACAACGUUUCCCAGGAAGCUUUGAUAGCCUACAUGGCCCAGCUAAUGAACGGGAACGCUCAGGUACCCGGAGCUUCUGCCCCUGGAGCUUCUGCCCCUUCAUCGGGUGCACAUGGCAGCAGCAAUUCCACAACGGCGGUGGCCCGUCGAGGAAGCACUCAACCUGUGGAUAACAACGCGAUCGAUGCUUCAGCCCAAGCAAUUCUGGCCAUGCUCCAGCAGCAGCAGCAACCCCCUCCAUCCGAGCAGCCGCAACCUCCCGCUCAGCCAACAACAGCACCUGCUGCUCCUUUUCAGCCACCUCAACAGCAGGAGGUUUCCCAGCAGCUCCUGUCGCAACUCUUGGCAAACACGGCGAUUUCCAGGGAAGUGAGUCUUCAGGCCCAGGCCUUGUUACAACAUCACGAAGAGAAGCUCAGAGCAACGCGCAUGCUCCUGGAGCAACAGCAACAGAUGCAGGGGAAUGGUGCCUCCAGCUCGAACAUCCAGCAACAUCCCUUGCUAAUGGCGACGAAUGUCAUGUCAGCCGCAAAGGCUGCUCAGGAGAGUGUCUUGGGAAGCCUUGGAAGUGCUGUCCUGACGGCAGUGGGUGGAUCCAAUAACAGCAGCAACAGUGGCGCUCUGAGCCAAUUACUUCCGUCUUCUAACGGCAGAAGGGACAGCAUGGCUGACGACAGGAUUGCAGCUUUGUUGGCCGAGUUUCAAGUGAAUUCCAACUCUUCUGCGGCGGCAGCAGCUGCUGAGGGAGACGAAGGGGCCGCCGCCGAGGAAGACCCCAACCAAAGGGCAGACUCGGACGAAGAUAAGGACAUGAACGAUCACGAUGAGAUGGGCGAUGAUGAAGGAUACGAUGACAAACUCAGCGAUGAAGAGUACUUUGAAAACUUUAGCACUCAGGAUGACAAUCGAGUGAUUCAGGAAACAUUCCCCCUCAAGCUCUACAGGAUGCUCUUCGAAGUGGAGAAGAUUGGAAAGCACAACAUUGUUUCCUUCUUGCCACACGGAAAAUCUUUUGUGGUUCACAAGCCCAAGGCUUUUGUGGAGGAAAUCAUGCCCAAGUACUUCACUACUUGUCGUCUCGCUUCCUUUCAACGCCAGCUGAACUUGUAUGGCUUUCGGAGGAUUACCGAAGGGAGGGAGAAAGGCGCAUACAGCCACGAUUUCUUCAGGAAAGACAAGAGGCCCCUUUGCCGAAAGGUGAAGCGCCAGAAGACUCGAGUGAAGGCGUCUCAGCAUCAAUCGUUUGGGUCUCUAGCAUCGUUGGCUUCACCUCAGCAGAGUCAACAGUUUCUCGGCAUGGCCAAUCAAGUUGGGUUUCCGGGUGUCUCCGCGGCGGCGGCAGCAGCAGCAUCGAAUAAUGCUCCAAACUUUCGCAACAUUCUAAGUGCUCACCAGCAUCCACCCAGCAGUGGCCUUGGAGGCCCUGCAAGCGCGCUUUUCGGACGACUUUCGGGCGCAAGCAGCGGUUCUGGAAAUGUGGGAGUUGCUGCCGGAGCCACGGGCGGUGCUGAUCUGGGAUACUCUGUGCUGCAGCAAGCUUUGCAACGAGGAUUGCUAGCGGACGUGAGUAGUGCACGCCAGCAGCAGGGCCCGGCAAACAAUUUGUUGUCCAGCCAGGAGCUCCAACAGAAGUUGCAAGAGCAGGAGGCAGACUUGAUUAUCCAGCGAUUGAAACAGCAGCAGGAACGCAGAUCAUCCCAGCAUGAAAACCAGGGGUAGGAGGUGGUAAGAAAGAGGGCAUGCAUCCUGCAUGCGACCGAGACUACUAGGAUCUUGAAAAUCCUAAGAAUCUGUUUGAUACUAGCACCAAGCAAGAGCAACGCCACAUUAUCAACUUUCAUUCAGCUCGCUAACUACCUGGUCUUCUUAAAAAUACAUAUAAUUAAUAGCAUGUUUUCAGAACGCAUG